UCAUUCUGGUACACUGGCUGCUCACAAUGUGGGGCUGCAUGAAUUACACGUUUCCAGCCUCCUAUGCCUGGGGAAAUUUCACUGUCCUUGCAGUGGGGAUCUGGGCCAUUGUGCAGCGAGAUUCCCUUGAUGCCAUCAUGAUGUUCCUGACUGGCCUGCUGCUCACAGUCCUCACAGACAUCAUUCACAUCUCUGUCUUCUACCCUCCAAACAACCAUCUCACUGAUGUGAAGCGUUUCAGUAUGGGCAUGGCCAUCUUCAGCCUCCUCCUCAAACCCGUGUCCUGCUAUUUGGUGUAUCGAAUGUAUCGAGAGCGUGGAGGAGAGUACACCUUUAACAUAGGUGUCGCCCGUGCAGGCCGGGAUCGCAGUACCUAUGAGCCAAUUGAUCAGCAGGAUGCCCCUUCACAGUGGCCUGACUCAAACAAGACAGCCCAGCAGCCAUACUGA